AUGGAUCUGUCAUCAACAUUGGUACUGAACACUGUACAAUGGUUCUGGCCAUCUUCAUAUAAAGCAGAACUCUUUUCUAUUUUAUCAGCCAUCGCUACAACACCCCCAGACUCUUUAGCUAAACAACAUAUAAUUAGCCCAUAUCUUAACUUUAACUAUAUUAAUAUUUAUAAUCCAUAUCAUAUUUUACAGUGGGAAGAAGAGAAAUUUUUUGUAGAACAAGCUACUCAACCUUUUAUUAAAACUAUUUGUAAAGCUCAUAUUUUGGCAAUGUGGUCAUUUCAACAACGUAAUCAAGAAUAG